AUGCACAAAGAGUGGGCUGCUUUUAAGGCAUCCAAGAAGAAAGCUACUGAGGAUGAGGUCCAAGCUGCCCAGUUGAGGGCUAAACUUGAAGCUGAUCAGGCCAAGUAUGAGAAUGAUCGGAAGACUGAGGAAUGGUCAGUUGCGGGUUGGAAGAGAAAGGCGGAAGCCGAAGCUGCUCUUCUUUCCAAAGAGCGUAAAAAUUGGAAAGAGAUCUGUGAGAAGGAUAAUGCCGAGAAGAUGGGUCUCCGUAUUGUUAUCAAUAAUCUCAAGGCUGAGGUUGAGAAGUUGAAGAAACAAGAUGCGGAGAUCGAGAAAUUGAAGAGGGAAAAGGCCGACGCAGAAGCUGCGCGGGAUGAAGCACGCCCUCAUAGGGAAAGGAAACAACUUAAGGCGGAAGUUGAGUCUGCCAAGAAAGACCUGGAGCUUGCGCGUACUGAGAAGACCGAAGCUUCUCGCCGUCUUGCUGAGACCGAAGAGAAGUUAGAAAACUCUGAAACUGCGCGGGCGACGGCGGAGAGUGAGCUUGAACCGCUAAAGAGCGACAUGUUAUGGCUGAAAGAACGCGGGAUCGCGAGUGUUGCUGAAUUAGUUCUGAAUUCUGAGGAGCUAGAUAAAUCGGUUGCGCGUUUGUUGGUUGCAGCGCGAAAUGAUGGAUAUGCCCAAGGGUAUGCUGAAUGUUCACACCAUGUGGUUAACGCUUUGAAGGUUGACUGGGACACUAGGAAGUACGCUACCCAUGGUGUUAAUACAGAUGCUGCCCUUACUGCUGCGGAGACAGAUUUUAAUAACUUACAGCUCCCGGUUAUGGAUCUGAUCAAUGUUGCAUUGCAAUCAGAGGACCAUGUGGCGCAACUGAGAGAAAUCUUCCCAGAUGGAGAAAAUGAAGAUGAAGACCUAGCGUAG